AGUCCGCGGCACACAGCUGCAUCUCCUCAUCGCAACAUUUCGCUCUCUGCCCGCCGCCACCGGACGCCGAGGGGUCUUUAUGCUGUAGAUGCAGGUGGAAAGACUGUCCAGUGGUGCAACAGUCUGUGACGUAACAGGAUGGAAAUGAAUGUAUAGCUCGGAAGCACGUCAAUGGAAAUAGAGAACGCAGACAUGCUGCGACUUCCAAAGCUGUGAGGAGGCACUUUGUGCAAAGCCUUAGGUGAUACUUCAGGGUCUUGCAAACGAUAUAAAGGCCUGCAGGACUGUGUUAAUACCUCUGGGGAAGAAAGAGUUUGUGUCUGAGAGUUAUCAGGUUUGCAGCGAGACAGGCAGCCGCAGGGAUUUGUACAGCUUUUGCUCGGCAGAGUAAAUAAUCUCGUCGCAACUUUAUAUGUACGUUAAAAACCAGAAUGUUUAUUUUGUCUGUAGAGGUUCACCUGAUAUUGUUACAGAGUUGUAAGGUUUUGUUUGAGAAAACUCCAUCAGCGCUGCAACACAAUAUGACUUUAAAUAUUUUUGAAAAUGUCCUCUAUUGUAAAAACGUGCCUGUGCAACUCAAGAUGUUUGUUUAGGCUUAGAUUUUAGUGAGAAUAUUCCCUGCAGGUUGAUGAUUCAUCAGUAGGGAGUAGGCAAACAGGUUUGAGAACGGAACCUGGUUAUAACAACUUAAAACGCAUUUGCCGAAAGAAAAAUUGUCCAACUGUGAACAUCAAGAUAUUCAUACUGUCAUGUAAGUGGUCUUCUGUUUUAUAUCACUGGGCUGAUCUGACUGUCAGAAGCAGAGCAGUGAAAUCAAAUAUUAUAUUGUAAAUUACAUAUUCUGUUUAUGGAAAAAUACAGAGAAAACAAUCACUCCUCAACUUUUCCCUGACAGGCAGCUGUUUAUAUCAGGAUGGACACACCAACCAUGUGUUUGAAACACUCACAAAAGAUUGCGCGAUCAUCAGAUGCAAACAAUAAUGCACCACCACCACAAUCUGACAGCUUUGGCAAGAGAAAAUGCACAAAGUAAAUGUAGCAGCACUGCCAGGUCCAGACAAGAUUCUGCGAUUAUUAUUGUUGGAGCACAUUAGGGCUAAUAAAUCUACACAAUUUGGCAUCCCCAUUGCCUUCAACAGUCUAAAAGCCAGAGAGUCACUCUACAGCAGUCUUAACUGUACAGUGAUGUGGUUAUCUUCGGUGCACACCUGCCUGCUGGCUGUUUGUUUUGUGUUCCAGAGGGAGAAGUGGCCACAUUUGAUCUGCUUUCUGAAACUACAGGGAUGUGAAGGAUCAGUUAUUGGGACAUGGGGUAUAUUAGAGAGAGAGAGAGGAUGGAUAGGCUGGAGCACAAACAGACAUGAAAACAAGGCAAAAGACACAGUUAUCGAGUACAGAUUUGUAAAGACAGUAACACUAGACCAAUACCAGACUAAUGACUGCCUAACAUCCGCGGUAAGAAAGAGAGAUAGGAUUUCAGCUGCUGUCUUGUGUGGUUAUGAUGGGCAUGUAUUGAAAUUGACAACCUUGAGUUACGUCCUGUUAUUAAAACACCACUUAGACUUCAAUAUUAUUUCCAAAUGACUGUCGUUAUGAUCACUAUUCAAGCCCUCUUUUUAGGCAGAUUAAUCAAGCUUAUCAUACUUCAAACUGCAUUCAUAAAUAUUUUUUUAUACAAACAACUGGUCAAAUGACUAUGUGUUAUGUAGAAUAUGUCAGUCAAAGUGGCAAAUCACACGCAAUUCUCGCUUGACUCAGCAUUCCCCUGAGCUCUAUGGAGCAUUUUAAUUUCUUUCAACUCAUUGUUUUGAUAUGACAGGAUUGGAUGUAAAACCAUUAUUUAAUGGAUGUUGUGUUGGCUCUCAUUAUGCAUGCUGUUUUUAGGUGACAAAUGGAUACCUUCAAUCAUAAACUGAACACUUACAUAGAGUCAUGGAUGGGUCCCAGAGAUCAGCGGGUGAGGGGGUGGCUACUGCUGGACAACUACCCACCAACCUUUGCACUCACAGUCAUGUACCUUCUGAUCGUAUGGAUGGGGCCCAAGUACAUGAAACACAGGCAGCCGUACUCCUGCAGAGGCUUCCUGGUGCUCUACAAUCUGGGCCUCACGCUCUUGUCCUUCUACAUGUUCUAUGAGCUUGUUACUGCUGUUUGGCAUGGUGGCUACAACUUCUACUGCCAGGACACGCACAGUGCACAGGAAAUGGAUAAUAAGAUCAUAAACGUCCUGUGGUGGUACUACUUCUCCAAGCUCAUCGAGUUCAUGGACACGUUUUUCUUCAUACUACGAAAGAAUAAUCAUCAGAUCACAUUUCUUCACAUCUACCACCACGCUACCAUGCUGAACAUCUGGUGGUUCGUUAUGAACUGGAUACCCUGUGGCCAUUCAUACUUCGGUGCGUCCCUGAACAGCUUCGUCCACGUUGUGAUGUAUUCUUACUACGGCCUCUCAGCCAUCCCAGCCAUGCGGCCGUACCUUUGGUGGAAGAGAUACAUCACACAGUUACAGCUGAUCCAGUUCUUUUUAACCAUGUCCCAGACUAUGUGUGCAGUCAUAUGGCCUUGUGGCUUCCCCAUGGGUUGGCUGUACUUCCAAAUAAGUUACAUGGUCACGCUCAUUAUCCUUUUCUCAAACUUCUACAUUCAGACGUACAAGAAGCACAGUGGCUCUCUAAAGAAGGAGCACCAGAAUGGCUCUCCUGUAUCAACAAAUGGACAUGCAAAUGGGACGCCAUCUAUGGAGCAUACUGCACAUAAGAAACUGAGGGUGGAUUGACAUUUGAGAAACCGUCACUCAAUGCUCACUGUAGCGUGUUAGCUAAUGCUGCUAGGAGGUAUAUGUAUCUUCUUAUCUAGAAUAGUCUAGCAUUCACUUGAGAUGAAAUAAGCCAUAGCCACAUAUAUCCAGAGACUUUCCAUGUUUUUGCACACACUGCUACUCAUGGUAUUGAAUAAUGAAAUUAAUCUAGUUAAAGGAGAAGAGUAUUGUAGUAUGGUUGACGCUGCACAAUAUUUCCUCCCCCGCCCUCUAGAGGAAAUUCAUUCCAAAGCGAAAAUCUCUUUCUUGCUGCCAGCAAACAAAUACAUGAUUUGGCUCAUUCAAGGAUGCUUUACACGCAAAGGUCCAAAGAUGAAAGCUCCAGUGGGUGUGUUGGCAGCUGAGGGUUUCAUUACAGUCAGUUGCGUCAACCCAAGGGACAAUUAAGACAACACAGUGCUUACUAUGGUCCUUAAUGUGCAACUAGAGCAUGCAUCUUGUGUCUUGCUUUAUCUAACUCCUGCCUUUGCUCUUACGUAACCCUAAAUUUUGCCCUGUGUGAUACUGUAAUGCAUUCUUAUUGGCAGGUAGAAACAGUAGAAGUUGCAGCACAGGGUCUCCAAUUUGGAAUAUUUAGCCAUCCAACCAAAGCAUAACCAAAGCAUUCAUAUUUGUUCAUAUUUAAACCAGUUUAAGACACAAAGUUACAGGGCUGUUGUUGUGUUUUAUGAGCACAAUUUAAAGUCCUGACAUCUGUUUUUCUCCUUUCACACUGUGUUGUAUCUACUGCAGCAGUAAAUGCUGUCAGAACUUGAAUUCACUGAUUUGAAUUAAUUGAGGCAAUGGCCAUGGUGUCUGCAGUGCAACUGCUUUUUGGUAACUAUUUAGGUAUCGAAUUUAUUGAGACAGUAUAAUCGUACUGUAUAGUUCAGCACUAAAUACUCACAUACAUGAUAUCCAGGAAAUAGUUUUUAAUAUAUAGUUGAGAAUGAAAGUUCACUAUUGACCAUGGGAACAGCAGUUAGAAAAACAAUCUCACCACAAGGUCCGUUUAGUAGAUGCUCUGGAGCUUUUGCUUGUCACAUUAUCUUUGUCAACACAUGGAUUGUGCACAGGUUUUCAUGAGAAUUCGUUAACAUGCUCAGAAAAAUGGAAAUGUAAACCCCAUCUUCUGAGGAAGAUCAUGUGAUACAAUCAUAAGCUCGAGAACAGCUACUAAAUGGACCUCGUAGUGGAAUUGUUUUGUCGAGUAUUCUUAUAGUUAUUUUUUAUUUUGAGUCUAUACAUAAAUAGGGUGCCUUCUGGACCAGUUGAUUGGUUUCUAAUGCAGCAUUUCGCAUCUUUUCAAUAUGCUAUCACCAGACUCAUGUUGGUCCAUUUCAGGUCCAUGUGUCAAACUUCCUUCUCAAAUCCUGUGCCUGACUCUGUAUUUUUCUUUUUUUCAAAUCACCAAAUGUCCUAAAUUAUCAUUCCUAACAACUGGCACAUACUAAAGGCAUCAGUGAUGUUUAUCUGAGGUUAAAGGAAUAGUUGGGAAAUGCUUGUUGCUGAGAGUUAGCUGAGAAGAUCAAUGCCACUCUCGUGUCUGUAUGAUAUGAAGCUGGAGCCAGCAUCUGGUUAGCUUAGCUAAGCAUAAAGACCGGAAUCGGCAGAAAACAGGUAGCCUAGCUCUGUCCAAAGGUAACCGACCAACCGAAACCUGUAAAGCUAAAUUUAAAUCUUGUUACCUUUGGACAGAGCCGGGCUAGCCUUUUCCCCCGUUUCCAGUCUUUCUGCUAGGCUUAGCUAAGCAGAUGCUGGCUGUAGCCUCACUUGGCGUGCCGACUUGAGAGUGGUAUCUUCUCAACUAUGGCUCGGCAAGAAAGCACACAAGUAUAUUUACCAAAAUGUCAAACUAUUCCUUAAAUAUUCUCCACAAAAAAAAGAACUGUUUAAAAAAAUCAUUAACAAGAUUUUUUGUGAAGUAAAAACAACAUUUUUUGUGUGGAAAGAAGGUAGUAGCGAUGCAACUAUUUAUUCCUUUUUGUUCCUUAUGUUAAUGUUAUUUUCCUCUUACCAUUGUCAAGGGCCUGUUGUACACAGUAAAUGCUGGUAAAGAAAGCAAAGGAACAAAGAUGUUUGAAUCCUGAACUGUAAAUCUGACAUUGUCGCUGUAGAGCACUGCUGAGUCGCUCUACCAUGCUGAUUCAGUGUAAUGAGGUACUGUAUGGCCUUAACAACUGAAUGAGCAUGACAUGUUGCUCAAAUGUAUAGGUGACCUAGAUUCAUGUUCACUGCAUCAGAAAUUAGUGUUAAAAUCUGAAUAAUACAUACAAAGGCCACAGUUUCUCUACAUGAUGAAUCCAGUCCACAGAUAUCUGCCGAUUACACAAAACCGUUUUAACAAGCAUUAACCAUAUCUACUGAAAUUUUAGUAUAUUUCAUGUUUUUUUCAUUUCUAGCUACACUCUUAUCACUGUUAUAGUACCGCUGUUGUGCAAGGUGAUAGGUGAAGGUAACAGGGUUUAGAUAUUUAUAUAUUUAAAGGCAGGAUUAGCAUGAAAUUACUCCCCAACUGAUAAAGGCCAAGGAAGCAUACAGGUGUGAGAUAUUACAUACAUUUUAUAAACUGUUAAAAUCAAUAGAUACAUUUUCUGAGAUCUGGGGUAAAGCUGGGUUAACUGGGUUGUGACUCGUGCUUUACUCAAACACAUUAAAAACAAACUGAGAUUGUAAUCCUGCUGGCUUUCCUUCCUUGAAAAUGAUGUAAAUGCUACAAAUGAUAUUGCUUGAAGUUUAAAAAAAAAAUGUUGGUAGGGCAACAGAGUUGAUUAUCCACUGAGCCUUAUACAAAUUUAGAAUUUUAAUUCUAUCAAUUUAAUGGUUCGUGACAAUAUUUACCAGCCAUGCUUUGAGUUUCAUGCUAUGUUAGCAAGCCAACACGCUAAACGAAAAUGCAGAACAUGCUAAAAAUGAUACCUGCUAAACAUCAGCAUGUUAGCAUUGUCAUGCUUAGCAUUUCGCUGAAACCAUUGCAUGGCUGUAGACUUGUUAUUGAAUUUUAAUGAAUAUGAUGUGAGGCAGAUUUUUUUUUAAUAAUAACAACUGGCUCUAAUAAAUGAAAUAUACUAUAAUGUCAAUUGUGCUCUAUCAAAGUAAUAUAGAAUAAUUUAGGGAAGCUUUUCGAAUGAAAGUGUCAACAAAUGUUUCACAAAAUGUUGUUAAAGAUUUGAGAGCUAUGCAGAAAUGCACCCAAAAAAGACUUUUACUGUAGGUAAACAUAAUUCAAAUAUUAUUAUCAAGUCAAACAAGAAUAAAAUUAUAAACCUUCACCACAUUUGCAAAAAAUCUAUAUAAUUUCACUUUACUAUGUGUAUUGCCACUCUACUGCAACAUAUUUGCAUUUAGUAAAAUUACGAUAUGUGAAUGUUAACAUAGGUUUGGGGGGGAAAGCAUUCCUAAAGCCCAUUCCUACUUUGGUUAUUUUCUCAGGUGAUGAAAUGUCUUAAUAAAUAUUAAGUGUUUAUAUAGAAAAGUAAGGUUUUUCAUUUUUUUCAUUUCCAAAUGUUGUAAACAAAUCAGAUGUAAUACAGGUUAGAGGAGGACAGAUGCUCUCCAAAUUUAAUAAUUUGGGAUUUUCAAGAGUGUAAUAUUGAAUAAAAAAAAUAGUAAUACAGUUUCCCCCGAAAAAAUACUUUGAGCCUUCUUUCUAUGUCACUACUUCAAUAUUUAAAAAAACAAAUUAUUCAUUUGUAUUCAUUUGUUGUUUUUUUUGCUCCCAAUCCUUGUGAAACCCAUCUUUUGCAAUACUGCUGUAGUGCUCAUAGGUCUUAACACCUGGUUACUGUAGCUACUAGUCAGUGUCAUCAUCCACUGAUGGUGAAAAUGUUUUUGCUGACAGAUUAAAUUCAUAGAUUGGCAGGUAUAAUACUGGCUUAAUGUUUUACUGUAACACCAGUGGUUCAAACAAACGUGCUGAAAAGCUUUGAAUCAUUAUACUUCUUUAUAGAAAUGACAGCAGCUUUGUAGUUCCACCUAAAAUGAAACAU